CUAAGAAGUUGUGAGUAGUCACGACUAGCCGUAGUCGAUCAAACUCGAUCCACCACCAUAUCUUCAAUCCCAGAGUAACUUUCCAUGACGGAAAAGUGCAAGCCACGUUCUGGCCCAGUCAUUUAACCAGACCCACUCUUCCCGAGCACAACGUGGACGGGUCGGCAUGCCGGACAGAGGCAUCCUGGCCGAGUAUCAUGUGUUUGUAGCGGCUAGCAUAAUUGCCGUGCUGGCGUACAUGGCCCAAGACGAGGCCUGCACUUUGCCAGCCGCCAGGCUCACGUUGUGGAUGGCGCUGAAUGGGGACUUGCCUACCAGGGAGCCCAGAUGAGAACAGACAGGAAAGGGAUGUUGUGGUUCUUCGGCAGGGAACUGGCGUUGUGUCAAUUGCGGGGUUGUGACAUCUGAUGACUAUCACAAAGUCUUUGUCGGACAAGGAGCUGCAAACGUCCUUGGGAGCUUGUGCGGCCUAAACCAUUAACUACAAAACCUCACCAGGGUGGGACCCGGCGCCCUGCUGGUGGGAGGGCACUGGUGUCAUCUGCUAGACGGGCAGUUCCGCGACACUGGAUCAGAGCCUGGCAAGUGUGAC